AUGAUCGGAAAAUCAUUCUUUCAAAAAUUAUGGAAAGAAAAGUGGGAAUGGGACGAGGUAUUACCAGACUAUCGAGCCAACGAAUGGAGAAAUCUAAUGAAACUUUGGGCUCAACAUCCCAACUUUAACGUUCCUCGCCUCAUAUUAACGAAUCAUAAUAACCACUCAGUAAGUCUGCAUGCCUUUGUUGAUGCCUCGAAUUUGGCAUAUGCAACAUGCAUUUACUUGAGAGAAGGCGAAAACCAUAAUGAAGGGAAAGUUCAACUCAUCUACGCAAAAAACCGACUGAAUCCCAUCAGGGAACUAACCAUUCCCAGAUUGGAAUUAAUGGCUGCACUAAUUGGUACACGAGCACUACAAUUCGUUGAACACGAAUUAGGUUUAGUCGUUACAAGUAAAUGCAUCUGGAGUGAUGCAAAAUGUGUACUAACAUGGCUCUCAUCUACAAGAGCACUUCCAGUAUUUGUGGCAAAUCGCAUUCGCGAAAUUAAGGCAUCAAAAAACGUUGAAUAUCGUCACGUGUCUACCAAUGAAAAUCCAGCAGAUAUAGCAACGCGUGGCACUGAUCCCGAAAACUUAGCUCGCAGCGCCAUUUGGUGGAAUGGGCCCGAAUGGUUAAAACUGCCAAAGAAGAACUGGCCACAACUUCAAGCAAGCAUAAAAAAUGAAGUAAAAGCAGCUGAAAACUCGGAACCACCAUGUGAAGACACACAACAAGAAGAAACCAGAUUAACAGUUAACGCAGUCAUCCAGAACCACAAUCCUUCUGUACUCACAGAGGACAUAAUAGAAAGAAUAGCCACACGAGUAAACUCAUGGCGCAAACUGAAAGGAGUCGCCGAUAUGGAGCAGCAGAUAUCAACCAGAGCACUAAAGCUCCCAUAUUAA